GCACCAAUAUUCGGCCUGGUUUCAGAAUCAGUAAACAGAUGUGACCGAACCGCGCUUUGCAGCUUGUUGGUGACUCGUCUCGUGCCUCCUGGCGUGAAGUGGGGUUUAAAGGCGCCGUGUGAUGCGCAGAUGAGCCUAAAACCCAGGUUUCUCGAGCUGCAACAGGUCGGUGCGUAAUUUGCGCGUGUCUGUUGUUGUAAAUCCGACGCGAGCUGUUUGUAGAUAGCGUCGUCGCACGCUUGAUUCUCGCGCCCCCGCUGCACGCGCACGCUCCCCGAGGUGGAGCCUGGUACCCCGGACUUCCCUCAAGUGAAGUGCCGGAGCACACGCACGGAUUGGACCGGGACCAGCAGUCGGCGGCACAGAUCUGGGACGCAGCAUCUGAAGGGACCGAGGAAGCAGAAGACGAAGACGGGGCGCGCGAGCAUCGGCUGAAUAUUUGUCACGGAGCAGCGGCGACCGACGGCUCUGAGGGAGAUGAAUCCGUUCAUCCUCGUGUCGCUUUUGGCCACAGUCAUCGCCGGAAAGUCACCUCGGCUCAAAUUUGUUGUUCAUGAACCCCCCAGGUUUCACUUCGGCAAGCCUGAGAACUACAUCAGCAUGUUCCACCAGGAGGGGAGCAACACGCUGUACGUGGGCGGCCAGGCCAUGCUCUACGUGCUGACGUUUUCUGACAGAGGCGUCCGCGACCUGCAGAUUCCCGUGCCGUCUGAUCAGACUGCGAUCGACACCUGCAGGUCCAAGGGGGCGCCGCUAGAGCUGGAGUGUGAUAAUUUCAUCACAGUCAUCCAGAAGGUGAACGACGCCUUCCUGGUUUGUGGCACUAACGCAGGGAGCCCCAGGUGCUGGAUGCUGGUUAACGACAGCGUGGUGACGGAUGUGCAGGGCAGCGGGCAGAUAGCGCCGCCCUCCGAGAUCUCGCCUCCGUACCCGUCACAGAAAUCCAUCAGCCUGUUCGCAGAUGGGAAUCUGUACUCUGCCCUGUCCUCGGUCGGGAGUCACUCCGGCUCCAUCCGGCGUACGUUCGGUUCCCAGAAGCUCCUGAAGACAGAGAACGUGUGGCUGCUGAAUCCACAGUUUGCCGGUGCUGCCAUAAUCCCGUCCUUGCAAAAGGUAAAGGAGGAGAUCUACUUCUUCUUCAGCGAGAUCAACAAGACGGCCAGAGUGGACGAGGAGCCGUACAGGGCCCGCAUCGGCCGCAUCUGCACGGUGGACGAAGGCGGCAUCAAAUCCCUGCUGGAGCACUCGUGGACCACCUUCAUGAAGGCGCGGGUGAUGUGUGGCGCAGGCAACUCCCAGCAGCAGUACAACAACAUGAAGCAGGCGGUGGUGCUCACGGCGCAGGACAAGAGGGGCGUGAUGUACGGCCUGUUCUCCAACGCAUGGGGAAGAACAGUGAUCUGUGCCUACUCCAUUGAAGAUAUUGACCAGGCCUUCUCCACAUCCAAGCUAAAGGGCUACAGCAGUCAGAUUAUAGGCGCUCGCCCUGGGACGUGCGUCCGCAGAAACUCGUCAGGGGGGAUUCAGAACGACAUCAAAAACCUCGGUGUGAUCCGAUACCACCCAGAGAUCGAAGACGUGAUCCGGCCCGUGGGCGUGGCGCCGCUGGACCUGCCCACGGACGACCAGAUCACGCACACGGUGGCGGACAUCGUCCUGGCCAUCAACGAGGAGCACUACAGCGUGCUGUACCUGGGAACAGAACAAGGCAAGGUUCUGAAAGUUCUUCACACCAGCGAAGGAGUCUUCAUCAUUUCUCAGUACUCUCUGUUCCACAAUGAGGGUCCAGUUUUAAACAUGGCCAUCGAUUCCCAAAAGGGACACCUGUAUGUUGGUACAGAGAUGGAAGUCCAGCGUCUGCCGCUGGCUGACUGUGGUCGUUAUGGCGACACAUGCAGGGAGUGUAUCCUCUCCCGGGACCCGUACUGUGGCUGGGACAAGGCCAGGAGGAAGUGCAUCGCCAUCCCAGCAGGAUACAAUGCUUCAACUGGGGCGCUCGUACAGAAUCUGGACCAGUCCAACUCCUCGGUUUGUGGGGAAGCUGCUGCUUUGAAGCAGCGCCGAACGUCCCCCAAAGAGGUGCUGGUGCCGUCCAACACCACCAUCUUCCUCCCCUGCCCCGUGCGUUCCUUCCAUGCCAUGUACCGCUGGGAGAGGGAUAACUGUGUCAAGAAGUACCCCUGCAUCUUCUCUGGGGACUUCUGUGUCCUGGGGCCGGUCGUGGACACUCCGCUCAAGGAGGGCGUCUUCCGCUGCAUGGCCACUGAAGACGGCUUCAAGGUGGAGGUGGUCUCCUUCCGGCUGGUGAACGACGGCCGGCUCCUGGCUGCCUCGCUGGCCUCCACCCUGGGCCCGUCCCUGCUACUCGCCGCAGCAGCGCUGUGGCUUCAUUAACUGCAGCCCGUGCUAAUGCUAACCCCUCAUCCUUACUGGCUCCUAGCGUCAGGACAGCCACUGUUAGGAAGUUAGGUUCGCAGAGCAUUGAAGGACAUGGUUGGGUUGUACUUUGCCAAUUAAUCUUUUCCUUAUCAAUUUUUAGAGAGUCCAUAAAGUAUCAGUAAACGACGGAUUGAGUUUUGUAUUUUCUGCAGCUGCAGCGUUUUAAAAAGCAGUAAACUGAGAAAUGCUCUAAACGACCUUACUUUAUUUAAACCGAGUGACUAGGAGUUACUGUCCACGAAUUGACUGCUUUGCGGGUUUUACCCUAAUUCAACCACAAUCAGGUGCUUUGCGAACCUUUCCUCUCUGACUCAAAACGAUCAACAUAUCCUACGAGUCGGGCUAAAGGAAACACCAAUACCAGUUCUGCCAGUUCUGUUUCAUUUCUUUACCCAUUUUCAAAUCGACUUGAUUGUGCUUAUUUGUGACUAUGUAGACCUUUAGCACCGCUCCUAUUGUACAUUACCAUCAUUCUAUUAAACUUUAUUGGUGUAGCUCAUUAGUACUUAGAAAAUUGUCUGGUAUUGAAAUUUAAAAAGCCUUAAUACUUCUGGGACAUAAACUCCUAAGCACAAUUUUGCAGACUCGCUUGGACUAUGUAUAGUUAGUGCAGCUCAGUCCGACAACAUCUCUGGGAGGAAGUGUCAGCAUUUUGACAGGAAGUAGGUGGAUCCUUGAACAUCACUGUGUCUCAGCACCUCCUCCUCAGACGAGGCAGUUUCCUGCUUCUUUUUAUCAGACACUCAUUAUUACGCCUUGUUCACAGCUUUGUGGUGUGUUUUUUUUUUUAAAGAUGUCGUGUUUUUUUUUCUCCCCAGAGCAUCAGAGCAAAACACUUGCAUUUACAUGGUGGGAAAAACCACAAUGUCCCACAAGUUCUUAGCUUAGAAAAGGUUAAUUAGUGUCAGCAACCCCCCCCUUAAAACCGCUAAACAUGAAGUAAUUCAGUUUAUUCAGUGAAGCUGCCAGACAUUUUGUUAGAGUAGCUACAGUAGCUUACUGAGAAACAAUUGGAACAUUUUUGCCUGUUUCAGGUAAAAUGAUCACAUGUUGGUCUAAAAUUCCAACCGUAGCUCAGACAAGCGAUCUAAAACAAAGAUGAAGAUCCUAUUUCUGUCAAUGUGUAAAGAUGUGAACAAGGUGUUGUGCUACAGACUUGUGCAUCAUGACAAAGGCGGGUGAAGCUAAAUGUCAGGAGAGUAAAAGGCUUGUUCUUAGAUCCGUGAGGUAUGUUCUGUAUUUUAUUGCUCUGCAGAUGCUGUUUUACCAUGGUUGCCUACGUUUGUGACCGUUCGUCUCGAUGGUUUGGGUUCUUACCUCAUAGUUAGACCGUGAUGUGUGAUAUGUGACAUCAGUUCAUCUAUUUUUUUCAUCCUUGUAGACAGACAGAUUACGACGCUUCACUGAUGCUCAGCAGUGACUGGAAGCAGCAGGUGUAAAGACCUCAGCGUUCAUCAGUGGGACAGUUCAGUCUAAAGCUUCAGUAACAGAGCGAGGCGCUGCAGGAAUAGCGAGCGUCUGACUGAAGCCGGCCGGGUGCUGCCAUGCAUUAUGCAGCCCAUUAGCUUCUUCUCCAGAGCUUUCAGAAUAAUCUUUCAGUAAUGUUACAUAAAUUUGGCAGAAGUGGCAUUAACAGCUAAUUAGACAUUGGAAGUGGUUCGCCGUGCAUGGUAUUAAAGCGCCGCUGUGGCUGGUUCCUCUUUCAGCUUGGUUGCGUGUUGCUGCUCACAGAUGUGCAGAACCUCUGACGGUGCAAAAAGGCCAAGCUGUGUUGAGCCGCUGUAUGUGAAUCCCAUGACCUCGUCCCUCCGUAGCUGUGCCUGUGCUCACGGCCGUGUGGAUGUUUGCUGACGGCUCAGAGCUCCGCGCUGCUCAGGACCAAUCGGGCCAAACACGAGCCAAGGAGAGGCCUCGGCUCUCAGUGUGACACCCAGGAUCCUCUGAUUAGUUGCUAGAUCAAACACGAGGCUGCGUCACCGCAUUGUUCUGCUAACAGUAGCUUCAUGUUAGGAAAUGAGCUGAAUGUGUUGUUUAGAUCAAAUGUGCCAAUGUUUAAACAACUACUAAUAUCAAAUUAUAAAAUUUUGCUUAUGCACAUAUUGUAUUAAUUUAAUGUGUGUAAAUGCGUUUUGUUGAUAUUCUUGCUGCUACUGGAGCCGACUUUCCACCAUGAGCCCUUUAUUUUAUUAUCACUCGGUACUGACUCAAACAAACCUACACAUAUUAGUAUGUUCAAGGCUUUAAAGCAGCCAUAACCCAGGAGCGUCUGAUUGGCUGAACACACCUGAUGAAGCAGGAAGGCGUUAGGCUCUGCUCUGUAUAAAGGUCAUAAUGUUUGAGAUGGUUCUGGCAGAGCUGACAUUAAAGGUGAUUAGAGCCGCUAGUGAUCCAUCAACAGCCCUUCAGAAACAGCCCGGUGCUCAGACAGGUGCAAUCAGACCUUCAUCAUUCAACAGGGCUUUGAUGUCCACUCGUUUCUGCCUGAUUAAGACACAGCAUUUACCAAAGCACACGUCCACUUUGUUCAAGGCCUCGCUUUGAUUUGGAUGUUUACGCGGCUGCGGUUGUGGCUGACUCGCAUUCGUUGCUCUCUCAAAGCAAACUCAUUGGGUGGAUCUGCUACUAACGAGCUGAUGAGUCUGAAUCAGCUGAUGCUUUGUGAAGGCUGCUGUUUUGUUUUGCUCUGGGGUUUAAAGUGUUGCUGUCUGUUCCUGACGUGUGCCCAAAACUCAGUGUCUUCAUUUAACUCAUUUUAAAGUAACGCUGAACUCUUAUUUACAAAAAAACGUUUCUAUUGGUGCCAUGCCAGUCGAAUGCCACGCCAUAACAUGUAUUUUUAAACAACAGAUAUCUAUAGUCCAAUAGAUAUUCAUGUAACAGAUCCAUAUUGACAUGUGUUUCCCUGAACAUGUGCAGUGAAAAUGAAUAAAAUAUAAGUAUGAACAAAGAA